AUGUCGCAAAACGAAAUAAUUCUAGCUUUAGAUAAAGAACCUAUUGUUGUUAUUCCUUCUAGAAUUAAGCCUAGGCCAGUUCCUAAAAUUACCUAUGGUAAAAGAAAACUGGUGCAAGAGAAUGACGAUUCGUCAACAAGUAUGCGUAUUAAGCGCGCAAUGAAUAGUAACGAACAAGAGACGGAAAAUUCACUUGAAAAUCAUUAUCCGCAUCCAUCACCCGUUUCUGAUUCUGAAAAUCGAGUCGAAAAACAAAGAUUCUUGGGACUAAAUAGUCCGUUGUCCCCUCUUCAAUCAAAGAAUAACAUCGCAUUUGAUACUAAUGUGAAUAAAAACACAUCCCGAAAACGCAAAAAUUCAGAAAAUAAUGGCCAACAAAACAUCGCUGACUUUUUUAUUAAGCCUGCCAGUAAUCAGCAAUUGACUCCCCAUUCGCUAAAAGUCAAUGGACGCAAAAAGUUUCUUGAUGGCAGCAAAAAUGGCAAUGUUCCGAAAAAUUUCACGGAAAAUUCUCGAAUUGAGCAGCGGCAAUAUCCUCUGAUACCUCAUUUUACCAAAAGGCUCUUAGAGAGUUCAAACCUCGAGACACCUCCCACAACACCAAGAAAAUUCAAUGAUUUCAAUUCUAACAAUAAAUUUGAGCAGCUAUUUCUGGAAUUAGGACAAAAAAAUUUCGGUCCGAUAACCUGUUCAGAGUGUAAAAUGUCUUACAGUAAAGGAACUGAAGAUGACCUAGUUCAUGACAGGUAUCAUCGAGGAGUUAUUGGUGGUAUUGAUUAUCCGGGAUAUAAGAACGAAAUCGUCAUUCAAGAAUUUUCCGACAAAUCUCGAGUGAUUCUGUUUACUUAUAGUCGCAUCAGUACUCAUGAAAAACGGAAGAUCCGUGAAGUAUUAGAAAUCAUAAACUCGGAAUUGAACUCGGUGGAACUUUCGGAACAAAAACUAAAUCUUUGUAAAAUAUUCUUAUAUAUUACUGCAAAGAAAAAGGUAGUAGGGUGUAUAGUUGCCGAGCAUAUAUCUCAAGCUUAUCGAGUCAUCCCUAAUGAGAAUGAAGCAUCAUCAAAAGUUGGAGCUCGAGAUGCUGGAUCAGCAAUCUUUUGCAGUACCAAGAAAAUUCCUGCAGUUUGCGGAAUUAGUCGUAUUUGGGUUUCUAAAAAUUACCGCAGAAAAAGAAUUGCUACAAAAUUAUUGGAUCUUGUCAGAAACAAGUUCAUUUAUGGAUGUAAUCUAAAACACGGCUCCAUUGCUUUCUCUCAACCUACGGUAGAUGGAAAAGCUUUGGCUACUCAUUAUACAGGCACAAAUGAAUUUUUAAUAUACACUGAUAAUUAA